GUUGCGUAAAUGUCACUUUCAAAAGUUCUUUAAGUUCACUUUGUAAAUAAUACAAUCACAUACAUAAAUGCUACAAGUACAACCGUGGUUAUAAGUUAGGAGAUUCGUUUGUUGCACCAGUUUUUUUAAAUCCGACAAAAUGAGUUUAGGAAAAAAAGUUGUUGACUCUUUGAAGUCAAAAGAAAUGAGAGACUAUUUUAUGAGUACCCAUUUUUGGGGACCAUUGGCUAACUGGGGUAUACCUUUGGCGGCUAUUGCUGACAUGGGCAAGGAUCCAAAAUACAUCAGUCCUAAAAUGACCUUCGCAUUGACAUUAUACUCAUGCAUGUUCAUGAGGUUUGCAUUGAGAGUACAACCAAGGAAUUUGUUACUGUUCAGUUGUCACUUGACAAAUGCUUCUGCACAAGCAAUACAAUUAUGCAGAUACUUAUAUUACAACCCCAAUAAAAAUUAAUAUCGUGAUUUGUAUAUGUAGUACAAUUUUUGAGGCAGGGGCCAACAACUAUUUUAAGUGCAACAAAUGUAUAUCUCUUAUUCCAUUUUGAAAAAUAUACAUUUUAUAUUAUAUAUUUAUUAUAUAAUAAAAUUUUAUUUUCUAUAUUAA